GGUACCAGAAAUUAAUAAUCCAGUGAUGGCUUCCUCCUUAUCCAAGUUUCAUUUGCCUCUUGCCUUUGUUGUUUUGAUCUUGUUCCAGCUCUCUUUUUAUGCCGCAGCAGACCCUCCUGAAAGCGAUCUUUGCAAUUUCGACGAUGAAACUGACUUGGACUAUAGUCUGGCACCAAAACAUGUUAAUGCCAGAGGCAGUUGCCUUUACAUAGGUGACUGUAACAGAAGUAAGGACUGCAAGCCCCUAUGUGCAGCCAAGGGUAUUAGUGCAAUGAAAUGUGUUACCAACCCAGCUGGUGGAAAGCAUUGUUGUUGUGCUCUCCCUAAACCCAAGUAGCCACCACAAUGACCAUAUCAUAAUGUAGGAAUAUAU